CCGCCGCAAUCUCCAUCGAAAAUAACUCCAGAAAAGCAAAAAAGAGAGGAAGGCGUGAAAUUUUCCAGUGGCAAAAAAGAGGUGAAACAGGAGGCAGAUCGGUAUCUACCACAAAUAUGUGUUGAUCCCAAACCGAGACUUCUAAGCAAUGUGGAUGAUGAGAUGAAAAGAGAAAAAGUAGAUUGGAGUCAACGAAUUGUCGAAGACUAUUUAUUGGGACAUUCCGAGUUUUCGCAUAUAUCGGAGCUUAUUCUGUGGGAAAUUUUGUUGAUCCGUAAAGAAGACUAUGGUUUCUAUCUUAAUCCUGUGAUCAGAGAAUAUUUGAAUAAAAUCAAAGUUUUGAAAUAUAUGGAUGGUAAAGUUCAUGUGGAAAUAAAUCAACUUGCCGACCAGAUAGCCGGUUUAUGGCGAAAUUCAAAUAAUCUCACGAAAUUGGCUGAAUUAUGGAAGAUUUUGAUGAGUGACGAAUUGCGUAAUGUAUUUAUAAUUGAAGCAAUACCGAACAAUAACGGUUUGAAUUAUUAA